AUGUCUUCUAGAGGCGGCCGUAGCAGCUAUGGUGCUCGGGCUGUAGCUCCCAGGGCCACUGCCGAAACACCACAAAGUGCCAAACAGAUGGUGGAUUUAGAUGACUUUGUUGAGAUGACAAAAAUGUAUGCACAGGGAAUUGUUCAGUCCACGCCUGCUAAAGAUGUCGCAGACGGCUCUGGUAUUCUAACCAGCAGGGAUCAGGUGGCUUCAUUUUUGUGUGGCCUGACACAAUUUUUACCAGAGAGAAUGACUGUAUUGAGAUUACUGGGACACACCUUUGCCACGGUCCCAUUGGGAGAGUCUGUUGUGUUGAAGCUCAGUAUCCCCUGCCUGCUCUACGCCUAUCUGUUCUUUCUAAUAUUCAGAAUGGCUAUGCUGCGUGGAUUCCGGGGCACGUACUGCUUCCUGGUGCCGUACAUGGUGUGCUUCAUGUGGUGUGAGUUCUCAGUGGUGCUCCUGCAGCAUUCGUCGGCCGUGGGCCUCAUCCGCACAUGUGUGGCUUACUUCCUCUUCCUGUUUGCCUUACCUGUUCUUGCAUUUGGCCUCGCAACAAUGCUUUGCAUCCAACUCUUCAAGUGGUUUCUUGAGCUGGAGCUGACCAAAGUGAUCGUCACCCUGAUCGUGUGUGCCAUCCCAGUCACUCUCCGCCUCUGGACCCGAUUCAGCACCUCUAUCCUGGAUGUGCUCAGUUCUGUGACGCAUCGAGGACCUGUUAAACUCAUCCUCCUCUGCAUCUCCAUGGUUCUUUUGUUUUUUUCUGUUUAUCUGUAUUAUGCUGAAGGACAGAAAGUCUACAACUCUACUCUCACUUGGCACCAGUACAGCGAGGCAUGUGGGCCACCAUCUUGGCAGUCGAAAGGCAUGGCCCAAACUCAGAUCUUCUGCAGCCAUCUGUAUGGACACAGAGUGACCUGGACUGGGCGCUUCAAGCAUGUCCGCGUGGCGGAGACAGAGAAUGGAGCACAUUCUGUUAUCAAGAUGUUGCCUGUCUUCAUGGGUGAAUGGCUAACGUGCCUCUAUGGAGAAACCUAUCCUAAAUGUGAACCAAAAAACACUACAGUGGCCAACACAACAGCAGCUGAUCCUGAGGCGCUCUCUGUCCACUUACUUCUCAAAAAGCAGGAAGAAGAAGAGCUUUGUGAGAUCAAAGCUUUGUCCAAACACACAUGCCAUGUCAAACGCUUUGACAGUUACCGCUUUGAAGUGACAGUGGGCAUCAUCUAUGAGGGGCGACCAGAACUGGAAGAUCCAGCCAGAGAUAUUCUUUUAAUGGCCAGUCAUGAGUUCAGGCAGGUUUUAUUCAAUUUGGAGCCUGGAAACCUGGUGGAGUUCAGUACCAAACUGGAGGGUCGUUUAGGAGCCAGAGCUCCGGCCUUUGAGCUGAAGGCAGUCCACUGUCUGGACUGCGCCUCCUCUCUGCUGACAGGAGGGCGGCAGGUGAAGAUCGAGAGGAACUGGAGACGCACCACACUCAAAGCAUUCAAGUUUGCCUUUGAUUUCUUCUUUUCUCCCUUUCUCUCUGCAAAGAUCUCUACUUAA